AUGGGACAAUUCUACUUAUUCAUAGCACUGAUACUGUUCUUGUCUCAAUCUUCCGUAUUAAAUGCCCAACUAUGUAACGGAUAUAGCGAACUCUGCGGGAGAUCCUACGCUGCUAUCGCAUAUCCAGGAACUCACAAUUCUUUCUCAUAUUCCCCAAUACCCCUUCCGGCCGAGAAUCAAUUCCAACCAAUUGACAAGCAACUCCAAGCUGGAAUCCGCUCGUUUAUGCUCGAUGGACAUAAUCCACCCCCACACUCUGAAAACCCAGAUGGCAUUCACUUGUGUCAUACAAGCUGCGCCUUAUUGAAUGCUGGCGACUCGGUAAAAACCUUGACACUUAUUGCCAACUUUUUGAAAAAUAAUCCAGGCGAAGUUAUAACAAUAAUUUGGGAGAAUUUCGAUAGUCUUCCUUCCAGUAAGUACCAGGCGGCCUACCAGGCGGCAGGUUUGGAUGUGCUUUCGUAUGUACAGCCUGAUGGACAGCAACAAUGGCCAACUUUGCAAGAGCUGAUUGAUAUGAACAAGAGGUGUAUCAGUUUCAUUGACCACAUAGAUGCUCUCGAUGUGCCGUGGCUCCUUCCCCAAUGGACCUAUAUGAUUGACACACCAUACAACGCCACGGACCCAAGCGGCUGGAAAUGUGUUGUUGACCGUCCCGCAGGAGGCACUGUUGAUAAUAUUGCCUUGAUUAAUAUAAACAAUUUCCUCAAUAAAGAACUUGCACCGGGUCUUGAUGUCCCACACCCAGUUGGCGCAUCACAAACAAACGGACCACUUCUCCAACAACAUUUGGAUCAGUGCACAACGGCUUUCGGACGGAUUCCUAACUUUAUAUCAGUUGAUUUUGCCAGCAAGGGAGACCUCUACGCGAUCGUUGCUAAAUUGAACGGCUUACAGCCUACUACUAAGCGUACGGUUAGGCGUCGUCACCAUUUGUAA